CGCGCUCGCGUCGUGUCACGGUCCCCCGAUCGCGACUCACCCGCACGAGCUUUUCCCGUUCACGUGAACGACACGCGCCUCGGUCGCACGCCGAAGCGUCGAAAGAACGUCGCGUCGAGCCUCUCGCUUCUCGCGUUCCCCGAUUCAUUUUUUGAUUCGGCGGUGCUCCUAAUUUAGGAACUUUAUCGUCGCGCGUUAAUCGACGCCGCCGCUCGAACGAAAUGGCUUCCGAGCAGAUCUCCUUCAUGGAAGAGCCGACGACGAUCACGACCGCGCCCGGCCCGGUGACGGAGGCGAAGACGCCCAAAUCACCCACGGUGAAGUCCCCGAAAUCGCCCUCCGUGAAGUCUCCCGGCUCCGGCUCCAUGAAGUCCGCCGGCUCCCCCGGCGCGGCCCCCGAGGACGUCGGCAUGAUGGACGACGCCGCGCCGGGCUCCCCCGGCAUGGGCGGCGGCGACCCCUACGACGCCAUGGCUGGCGCCGCGUCCGAGGAGGACGCCGCGUCUCGCCUCGCGCAGCUCCAGAUGCAGGUUGAGGCGCAAGCGCAGCAGCUCGAGGUGGAAUCCAAGACCAACGCGGAGCUCGAGGACAUGCUCCUUCGCAUCGAGAAGCACUUCAAGGCGGAGCAGGUGGCGCGCCGUAAGGCGGAGGAGAUGGUCGCGGAGGCGGAGUCCAAGAUCGCCGCGGAGCGAGCCGCGAAGGAGGCGAUCAGCGCCGAGCUCAACAACGUCGGGCACGAGGCGGAGCGAAACAAGGCGCUCAAGGCGGCGCUCAGCGCGGAGCAGGGCGCGCUCGAGUCCGAGAAGAACAAGGUCAUGACGGAGAUCGAGGAAGCGCGCUCGGACGCGAACCGCGCCGCGGAAGCGCUCGCGAAGGCGGAGGAGGCGAUUCGCCAGGAGGAGACGGUGGCGCGGCUGAAGCUCGAGGCUGAGCACAACGCCAAGGUGGCGCGCCUCGCGACGGAGAUCGAUCGUCUCAAGGAGGAGCUCGAGACGCGCACGAACGCGAUGGGCAACGAGAUGAUGCGUUGGAAGGUUCAGGCGGACGCGGCCGCGCACGCGGUGUCCGUCGCGAAGGACGAGGUCAUGGAGCGCAAGCGCGAGCUCGACAACACCAAGGAGAAGAUGGACCACCUCGUGGAGAAGCUCUACAUCGGACGCGAGAAGGGUCUGGAGCUCCGCGGCGCCAUCGACUUCCACCUCGAGCGUCACCGUACCAACUACCAGCACGGUCGAUCGCUGAUGCCCGGCAUCGGCGGCGCGGACAAGAAGAAGGGCGUGAGCUCUCUGGACACCGCGCGCGGCGUCGCCAACACGGACUUGCGGUCGCAACGCGCCAAGCCGCAGGCUAAGCCCGGGGUCGAGCGCGAGCGCGUCAUUCGCGCGAAGAAGAAAGCCGCGGACCCGGACAUGUUCGGCGCGCCGUCGCGCGAUAUCAACAACCCGGGCGGCAUGACGGGCGGUGCUGGGUACGGCGGGCGCGGCGGUGCGCGCGGGAUGAGGCGCGGGUGAGCGACGAUCUGAUUUGAUCGAAUCGUCGGAGGAGAU